AUGGACUUCCGGCAGUGGCAGCAGUUGGAGCUGCGGCUCACCGCAGUGGAGCAGGCCAUAGCCGAGCUACGCCCCAAAGACCCCAAGCCGGUGAACGCCUCUUCCGACGAGGAUGGCAGCGAGGAUGGCUUGAUCUCCGAGAAGCUCACUCGGCUGGAGUCCAACGGAAAGGUGAAGUUUCUGCCCUCGGGGGAUGAGGUCCGCGGCGGCAUCGCCACCUGCGGUCCCUGCUACGAGAUCUCCCACUCGCUGUGGGAUUCCUGCCUGGUCGUCGGCCUGCCCAUCCUGAGUGCCUAUGAUUCCUGUAUCGUGGCACUGCUGUUAAUCAUGAACAUCGCGGCGCAGAUGGGCUUUGUACACAUCGUGAAAGACUACAUGUCGGAGGCCACUCUGAGCUCUGAGAACCUCACCCAGCUGCUGCGCUUCAGGGUGAGCAUCGCGCACAACAUCAAGUAUGCCGACAUGUCCACAGGCCGGUCCCUGGCGACCCAAGUCUGCGGUCUGGAUGAGCAGCUCCAAUGGGCCAGCACCCAAUUCAGCGUGGCUUGGCGUGUGCGUCGCUUCGAGUUCCAUGUGCUGAAAUGA